GAAGUAAUCAUGCCGGAAAUCGCUUUUAGCCAUAUUGUAUCUUGCAGCAGUGAGGAUAAGGUUUACUGCGCUAAAAAUCUCUUGAAUGCAGACACUUUUCGCAAAUGGAAAUCUGCUGAUCCUGGUGAUAAACAAGUUGCAGUUAUUAUACAGUUCAACAAAGCUGAAAAGAUUGACUCUAUUCAUAUUGGGAACGAAGGUUCUGCUUUUAUUGAGGUCUUAGUUGGUAAAUCAGCUUGGACUCACAACGAAGAUUUCAAGGUUAUAUUAGUAACCUCGUCAUUCAUGAGUCCUCAAGAAAGCAAAAAUGGCAUUAAUCUAAAUCGUGUUCGAAUGUUUGAUUCAAAUAAAUUAUCCAAAUCCGUCCUUGAUGAGUCUUGGGAUAGAAUAAAAGUAAUUUGUACUCAGCCUUACAAUAAGAAUGUUACCUAUGGAUUAUCAUUUAUUAAAUUAAUAUCACCUGGAGGAAAUGAUGCCACGGGAGGUGAUAAAACUUCACCGUCAGUAAGUCGUUUAGGAGGAUUUCAUAUGAAAAAAGAAAAUGAUCAAAAAUUUGUUCCUGGUGCAUUAUUUCGUACUUUUUCCAAAGAUGUAUCUCAAGCAGAGAAACGUACACAAGAUCUCCAACCUUCAACUUGGAAAAAGAAAGUUAUUGAAGUCAAAAUGGAAAACGAAAAAGUUGAUAACUCACAACUGCCAGUAGACACUUCAUUAUCUCAUCGCUCUAAAAUUGCUUCUAUAUCUAAGGCUUCCGUCACAAUACCAGCUAAACGAAAGUCAGAUGACCUUGCUAAGGUAACUACAAAACAGAAAGUAGAUAUUAAAGGGAAUAAUGUCGCUAGUCCACAAGAACCUUUACGUAAAGUUAUAGCUGUCCUUAGUGGUUAUCAGAAUCCUUUACGAGGGCAAUUAAGAACUAAAUUAACAAAUUUAGGUGGCCAGUAUAGGCCUGAUUGGGGAAAAGAUUGUACACAUUUAAUUUGCGCUUUUAAGAGUACACCGAAAUACAGACAAGUCAGAAAAACUAAAGGCAGAAUUGUAUCCAGCGAUUGGCUAACAGAUUGUUAUAAGCAUAAAAAGAGACUCCUAACUAAAAACAUGUCGACAUCUGGUAAGAAAAAUGCUGAAGCAGAAUCCAAGACGAAGAUUACUAGCCAGCAAUCAGCGGAUGCUGCUGAGAUUUCUAGUAUCCAAAAUAAUAAAGCAUCGACCUCUUCUAAACCGGAUGUUGCUAAAUUGCCUGAACGUACCGGUUCUCAGAUGACAGAUGACACCCCUGCCACGCUACCUUUGGAAGUGCUAGAUGAUAUACCCGCAACCUUGCCGUUGGCAUUGCAACAAGAUAUCUCUGCAACAUUGCCAUUAGACAAUUCAAACGAUACCGACAGUACCUUACCUUUAGAUGAUGUAAAUGACUCCGAUGCGACAUUGCCUCUUGAUGCAGAUAAAAACUAUGAUCCUUAUGAAUGCUCAACUGAAGAUGAGGAAGAAGUUCAAGAAAAUCCAAAUAGUGACAUAUCACUACCGGACUAUUUCUCUGGCAUGCGAUUUUUAAUUUAUGGUGAUUUCUCUUACGAUGAACGUCGUAUUUUGAUUCGUUACUUGACUGCUUAUGAUGGGCAUGUUGAGGAAUACAUGGGAGAGAAAGUAAAUAUUGUAGUAACAGAUAACGAAUGGGAUGAGAAGUUUGACCAAGCUGUGGCUGAUUUUCCGAAUUUGACAUUCCUUCGAAGUGAAUGGAUUUAUGAAUGCCACAAUCAGCGAAAGCGAUUACCGUUCCAGAAGUACCUAAUUACUCCAUAG